AUGGGUUGGGAUGUUUCACAGCGUCAUAAAAGUCGUCGCGUGACAGACGAAAUUGUGACCUUCACCUCAUGCGAAAAUCUCGCCGUAACUGCAAUGAAAUAUGUCAGAAAUCAUCUCAAGUAUGCCGAUGGUCUUACAAUCAUACUCUUUCAAGCGCAAGUGUUCCGUUCGCUGCGUUAUUACCAUGGUCUUGGUAAACAGUUUGUAUCAUUAGCAAACUCUUCCAAACAAGAAGUCCCUACUGCAGAUGCCAGUAGCAGCUGCGCUAUAAGCAUGUUAAAGACCUCCAAAUCGAAAAUCAUACUUCUGGCAGCCUAA